CGUAAAGAGUAUUGUUAUUCACGGAGGAAUCGAGUGUACAACGAAAAAUUGUUCAAUAGUGAUGAAGCUGCUCGUUGUUUUCGCCUUCUGCGUCAUGCUGAUUUACGUUUCAGCCGGUAUACUGCCGGAUGUCUACGACGGACCAACUUAUGAAUUAGUCACCGUUGACGAACCGGAGUACAACGAAGAGUCGGACCAAGCGCCCAUCCGGAGCCGGCGCGUGACCUGCGAUCUUCUGUCCUGGCAAUCCAAGUGGCUGACCAUCAACCACAGUGCGUGCGCGGCUAAAUGCCUGGCGCAGCGUCGCCGGGGCGGCCGGUGCCGCGACGGCAUCUGCAUCUGCAGAAAGUAGGCUUUCGCUCGAACGCGAUUCAUCUGGCCUCAAGUUCGCAUCCCACGGAUCUCGCAAGCCCGCUCUCGUCUCACUGUCUCAUCGGUAUCAACUCUACGUUGGUGAAGCGCCGCCGCAUCGGUUUAAUUCGGAUUAAUAUUCAUAAAGAAUCACAACGGGACGCGUUUAAUCGCCGAUCGAUAACAGCCCGUCGGCCUCGAUUGUAACAGGCAUUCGUGUUUCUCUCUCUUUCUCUCUUUCUCUUCUUCUCUCUCUCUCUCUUCGUAUAAAUUUGCGCCAAAAUUGAUAGAGCGUCACCGUUUAUUGAUGGAAAUUACUUCAAUCGUUCUCGUCGCGCAGCGCUGCGUGAUUUGAUAAUAAGAAUAACAGCUUUUGUUUACGUCAGCCGCGAUGGGCGUCAGGAAAAUUAACGAAAAUUGUUAUUGACAUCAUUAGUGAAAGUUAGUUAAUCAUAAUGACAUUGAUGUAAGAUUUGAAUAAGCCAUAUUGAUCGUCUCGCUGUUGAAAAUGCGCGAAUCUCAGCCAAACCAAACGUAGUUAAAAAAAAAAAAUAUCCAUAACGUACAUUGAUUAAUAUUAAAUAGUUCCAAUAUUAAUAUAUGCACAAAUAAUGUAAAGUAAAAAAAAGAUUAAGUAUUAGAAUAGUUGCAUCAAUAUGAAUUUUUCAUUAAUAUAUAAGAAAGUGUAAAAUGAGUAUAAAAGUAUGAAUUUUUCAAAUUGAAAUUGAAAUUGAAAAAUUCAUACUUUUAUACUCAUUUUACACUUAUUUCAUAUUAUAAAUAAUGAAAAAUAGUCCAAGUAUAUUGAUGCAACUGUGCGUUAGAACCUGUUCUACGAACCUGUUUCGUAAGAUAAUUAGCUCUGCUUACAAUAAUUAAUUAUCUAUUAUUUUAUCGUGCAAGCUACUUGCUUUAAUCAAUUCCAGUCAAAAUAAUUGGAGUAAUUACGUAUUUAUCGCAAUUAGAUUUGUACGAAAAGUUUAAAUUUUCCAACUAAUAUAUUCUCCAACUAAUUAUAUUUUACAAAAAAUAAUAAUU